GUGUGUAUAUAAGGCAAGCGUUGUCCAACAAACGACGAGUAGCCUCCACUGCCUCGGCAAUCCAACCACUUCCCGAGAUCGGUUAUACUACAUUAAAGACUGGAGUAGUUCGUCAUACGAUUUUCUUCAGUAUUUUUGUAUUAACCGUCUCCAAGCGACUUCCCUUAUCCUGGACUCUUUAAGUUAAGUGUCAAUCAGUGCGAAAAUGACCAUCUCAAUGGAUCCCGGGCCCGGUUUGGCGGCCCUGCAAGCAUGGGGCGGCCAAGUCGCAGCUUACGGCGCUGCAAAUCAAACUGUCGUCGACAAAGUGCCUCCAGACAUGAUGCACAUGAUCGACCCUCACUGGUAUCAAUUUCCGCCUAUGAACCCACUUUGGCAUGCGCUGUUAGGAUUUACAAUUGGUGUUCUGGGAUUUGUUUCGAUAUCGGGCAACGGCAUGGUCAUCUACAUCUUUAUGUCAACUAAGAGUCUUAAAACGCCGUCAAAUUUGCUUGUGGUCAAUCUUGCUUUUUCGGACUUCCUCAUGAUGUGCGCCAUGUCUCCAGCUAUGGUAGUUAAUUGUUACUAUGAAACUUGGGUAUGGGGUCCUUUUGCAUGCGAAUUGUACGCCUGUGCUGGUUCUCUAUUUGGAUGCGCUUCAAUUUGGACAAUGACUAUGAUAGCUUUCGACCGAUACAAUGUAAUCGUUAAAGGUAUAGCAGCUAAGCCCAUGACCAACAACGGCGCCCUUCUUCGCAUACUUGGAAUCUGGGUAUUUUCACUAGCUUGGACUCUCGCUCCCUUCUUUGGCUGGAACAGAUAUGUGCCCGAAGGAAACAUGACUGCCUGCGGAACAGAUUACUUGUCCAAGAGUUGGGUCAGCCGAAGCUACAUCCUUAUCUACUCCGUUUUCGUUUACUUCUUGCCGCUUCUUCUUAUCAUCUAUUCUUACUUCUUUAUUGUUCAGGCCGUAGCUGCUCAUGAAAAGGCAAUGAGGGAACAGGCUAAGAAAAUGAAUGUGGCCUCCCUCAGAUCUUCAGAAGCGGCAAACACCAGCGCUGAAUGCAAACUAGCCAAGGUUGCAUUAAUGACCAUUUCCUUAUGGUUCAUGGCGUGGACACCAUACCUUGUCAUCAACUAUACCGGAGUGUUUGAAAGCGCACCCAUUAGCCCUCUGGCCACUAUUUGGGGCUCCCUCUUCGCCAAGGCUAACGCCGUCUACAAUCCUAUUGUAUAUGGCAUCAGCCAUCCUAAAUACCAAGCCGCCCUGUACGCCAAGUUUCCAUCGCUACAGUGCCAGUCGGCUCCAGAGGACGCCGGCUCGGUUGCUUCUGGCACCACCGCGGUCUCCGAGGAGAAACCUGCAGCGUGAAUGGACUUUACAAACAACGAACGACACUGCAGCCAACUGGAAAUACGAUUCUGCCGAAGCGAUGUUCUUUAUUAUUUUUUAUAUGCAAACAUUUUACAUUUGUACAAAGCUGUAAACUCGAACACAGAGCGUGUGCUGGUUGCAAAAUAUUCAGGUUAGGUCAUUACAUGUAACAUUUAGUAUAUGACUCCUGCGUAUUUUGAGUUCACGUUUUGUGUCUCGAGUUGAACGUUGCACACUUUUCUUAUGCCUUACAUAUGCUUGAAAUUACGGUUAGCGACAUGAAAAAAUAAAAAAAAAAUACAGUGAAUAUAUAAUGUCGUUAGACCGUUCCUUUACCUAUGAGACUGCUCCCUUAGAUAUAGAUAACGAUAGAUUUCUUAACGACGAAAUAAGCUCUGUAUCUUGGACAAAUAAAGCAUAUUAUUAAGCAA